GAACGAAGAAAAAGCUCAACGUGACGCUAACAUAACGACUUUCAAAAAGCCAAUUCGUUCGUUGGGAAUCGCCUGACGAGGAGUCCCUCACGUGCACUGCCCACGGAAGAACUGCCACUGAUCUUGGGCCCCACGACAGAGGUCAUUGGACCCCCAUCCCGCCCCGCCAUCCAUCCAUCCAUACACUAAGCCCCCACGUGUCCGACAGUUCCCAAGACGCAGACCUAAUGCCAGUCGAUGAUACUGCCAAAUCAGCAUGUAAGACAGUUUGGACACCUUAUGCCACCAGGUCCAAGUCUAAAAGAAGAAAGGCUAGAAAUCUAAAGGAACUGGAGAAUGAUCACACAAAUACUGAGCAUAAAAAUGAACUACCAUCCAAGAGGCUAAAAGGAGAUGAAUUUGACGGUAGCAGCCCAUCAAGUGGUGUCUGCACAUUUCCAGCAUGCGUCAAGGAAGAACCUCCCGAUGUAACACACUCUCAAGAGCAUACAGAUGAUCAAAUUUUUAUCAAACAAGAAGUUAUACUUAAAGAAGAGGUGUUCGGAGGUGAUGAGAAUGUUGAAAGUCCGGUAAUUUACCCUCUCUCUAAUAGUGACAGCAAUGAAUCAUCAGCAUCAGUUUUGGAACCAACAUUAUUAGGAACGUUAGACCACUCAGAGCUCCACAAGUGUCUCCUGAGAACAGAAGUCAACAGCAUAAGCCACUUGAACCCUCCUGAUAUUCAGCCAAACACCACAGUGAAUUCAGAUACCCUUGAAGAUAAGAAAGAAACCUUAGUGCUGAAUUAUGUCCAGACAAAGACGAGGAUGUCAAGGGACCUGAUAGAAGAUAUGUUACCUUUGAGAUAUAACCACAGAGUGAUAACAUGUAAUUAUAUGUCAGACAACAACAUUCCUGGAUUCAACUUAGAAAUUGAUAGUACAAUAACAACGAUGCAAGACAUUAGGUACUGGCUGCAAGAAUUUAGCGAGCGUACCUGCACAAACUGGAAAUACAGCUAUGGGAUGGGCUCACUCAACAGGUCAUGCAAAGUUAUGAUAGUCUGUAAUGGUUUAUCGAAUUGCAAAAGAGAAAAGGGCAAAGGAGAACAUAAUUGCAAUGCUUUCAUUCACAUUAGUCUUAAUGAGGAGAGUGAUAAGAAAAUUAGUGCCAUAGCAGAAGGCUUCUCUUCAAGAAUAUCCCUGUCUUUUGUGCAUAACCAUCCCGUAGUGUUUAAAGAAGCAUUAGGUUUCCAAAAUAUUCGUCCAGAUGUAAUAGAGAAUUUUCGUUGUUAUUUCUGUGAGGGGCACACCGCAGCCAGUGCCUUUCAUUACCAUCAAACUAGGCUCUGGCUUAGAGACUUGGCUGCUGAGUCGUUGUAUGAUGAUUCUCUCAAUCCAAAGCUGAGGACAGUUAGAUACAUGUGGGAAUCAUGGAAAAGGGAUAAAAGACAAAAACCUUUUAGGACUAAAUCAAAUGGUAGUGGCAAAAAGUCUCUCAUUGAUGCUGUUAUUGAAAGAUUACAAAAAGUGAAGCAUGAAAGGAAAAUAGAAUAUCUUAUAGUGAAAAACAUUCCUUGUAUAACUAUAGUUACUCCUGUGAUGAAACGUGCACACACAACCCCAGAAGCAGGGCUGACAGUUUUUGUUGAUACUGUCAAUUGUGGAGAUAACAAAGGGAGUAUAACAUAUGUGACUUGUGCUACGGCUACUGGAGUAUUACCUCUAGGUGUUGUCAUUACUGGCAGUAUAAUGUGUGAUUACAGAAUUGCUUUCAAAAAUCUAUCAAAGCUGGUUGGACAGAAAGCAUUUGGAAAUCGUGGAGCACCGGUGAUUUUCAUUGUAGAUGGCUUUGAAUCUUGUAAAGAAGCUCUGAAGGACUGUUUUCCAAAGAGUCAGGUUUGGAUUUGUGCUUCUCAUCUUCUGCGGUUGGUAUGGGCGUGGCUUAGUGAAGUAUCAAAUGGUAUUAAAGAACAAGACAGAACAAUACUUAUAGGCCUUGUGAAAAAUAUUUUAUAUGCUCCAACACCUGAAUUGAGUAGACUGGCAUACAAAAUGAUGUUAGCACACUCUACAUUCGUAGAGUAUAGUGUUUUCAAAACGUAUAUGGCAACAUUAUGGAAUAGGAGAGGUGAUAUUGGAUUAUUCUAUAAGUUGCCUAUACUCCACAAGGAAUUUAAUGACUUAUCGAAAAGAGUAUUUAUAGAUGCUAUCCUGAACAGUUGUCGGUCUUUUAGCUUAUUGCUUCUCAUUGAUUAUGUGUGUAUUGAAGUUGAAGAGUGUUUCCAGCAGAGAGUAACUGAGUUUAUAGAAAACACUACCUGUCAGUUUACAUUUUUAAGUUGUUUAGAUAGUAAAAGUUUGCCAGAGAUUAAGACCACGAAGUCAUAUUAUAAAGUAAGUGGUGUUUCAGAUCAGGAUGUGUGGCACACUGUGGAUCUGGAACCCUCAGUUUGCUCUUGUCAAUCAGGAGAAAUUGGGGGCUUCUGUGAACACCAGCGUGCAGUUUGGAAGAUGACAGGCAAGCAGCCUCUGGUAAUGCCUACUCUUGAUACAUCGGACAAGUUGAGGUUCGCUGAGGUUGCCUUUGGAGGAUCAGGUUAUGAAAGGUUUAGUAAGAUAAAGUAUGAUAUGGUGUUAAAGUCCUUAAAGGAAAACUUAGCAAGGUUAGAAGCAGUUGCUAGUCAGAAUAUUACCAAUUCUUUUAUAGGAAAGAUGAAGAAGUUAAAUGAGUCUCUAAGUAAAAUCUCUAAUCUAGAUGAAUUAGGUAAAUUCUGUGAAUUUGCCGGGAACAUCCAUCAGCCAAAUGGCUCUCACACUCAUCCAGAUGUUAUCCAACCAGCAGUUCAUAUGCUUCAGCCCCAAACCAGCAUAGAGCAGCCUCAGAAAAGUGUCCUUGAAGCUCAGACAAGUAUUGUACAGUCCCAGAGUGCAGUUACAGAGGGACUUAAUAAUUGUCAAACCAGGAUUCUUCAACCAAGUGGUAUCAUCGAGUCACAGUCAAGUGUGGGAGUUGGUCCAAUCCAGUUUUUUGUUGUUCAGUCAGUGAACAAGUAAAUAGAAGCCCUUUAAAUCUGGAGGCUUUAGGAAUAUGUAUAAAGCAUUAGUAUAGCACACAGGAUAACUCCACCAAAAGAGACCAUGUAAAAUAGUAAUACAGAAUAUUUGCUCUGUAUAGUGUUAUACCUUUUCUUAUUUAUUAUUAUUAUUAUUAUUAUUAUUACUAUUAUUAUUGUACUUGAUAUUAGAAAAUACAUUGUAUCAGGAAGAUCAUGUGAUGCUGUUUUGUGAUAUGUCUAUUUUUUAUAACAAGAUCUUUUU